AUGCCACUUUCAUCUGCACUUCAAGCACGUUUAAUUGAACGUGGCAUUCUUAAUGCUACGAAUAUCAAUGCUGCACUUGAUGCUAGUGCUGAAAAUGAUGAAAAAAGUGAAGAAGUAUUUGCGGAAAGUUAUGAUGAACGUGAGGAUCAUCAUUCAUCAACAACAAUACCAAAAAAAACUGUUUCAAGUAAUAUCUCAACUGCGGAUAUUCAAAUUGAAUUUGAAGAAUGUAUUAAAUGUCCAAAUAAAUGGAAUCCAUAUCAUACUUGUGUUGAAUAUUGUAAAAAACGAUAUGGUAGUAAACAUUAUACACCAGAUCCAUCGACUGAAAAACGACGUCGAAAAAUGUUAAAAAAAUAUCCAUUACCAAACAAUUGGCGUGAAGUACCUGAUGCUAAUUUAGAUCGAUGUUAUUAUUGGAAUUUAGAAACUGAUGAAGUAUCAUGGUUACCACCAUCUCAUCCACGUUCACAUAUAACUCAAUCAGCUAUUAAAUUAAAACAAAAAGAAAUGGAAAGAAAAGCAGCAGAAGCAUUAAAACAAACAUCAGGAUCAACGAAAAAGAAGAAAAAAAAGAAAAAUUCAAAUGAUACUGGAGAACGAUCAGAUACAGAUGAAGAAGAUUUAAAUUCUGUACAAAAAUUAAAACGUAAAAUUGCUGGUAAAAUGCUAAGUUAUGAUGCUGAUCCUAUGGAUCCAUCAUCUUAUUCCGAUGUACCAAGGGGUAAUUGGUCAUCUGGUCUUGAUUUAAAAGGCAAAGCAAAAACUGGUGUUGAUGAAACUGCUAGUGGUGAAUUAUUUCAAAUGCGUCCAUAUCCAUCACCGGGUGAUGUACUUCGUAUGAAUGCUGAAGGUGGAUCAAAGAAAAAAUCGAAAAAUACAUAG